AUGGCUAAUUCUCAAUCUCUUCCUCUAUGUGAAAAAACACCCCUUCAAAUUAACACACUACAGAGAGCCCAGGAAAUUGCAAUUUUGUUCCUCUUCAUCUGUCUGCUUGUUUAUCGUCUCCUCACCCUCACUGACCAUGGUUUUGUCUGGCUUCUUGCCUUCCUGUGUGAGUCUUGGUUUACCUUCAAUUGGGUUCUCACCCUCAUCAUCCAAUGGACCCCUGUUGAAUACAAAACUUACCCUCAAAACCUCUUGCAACAGGUGCCAGAGCUUCCUGCAGUGGACAUGUUUGUGACAACAUCAGAUGCAGAGCUAGAGCCGCCCAUCAUCACAGUGAACACAGUGCUCUCUCUUCUUGCUGUAGAUUAUCCAUCUCACAAGCUAGCUUGCUAUGUUUCUGAUGAUGGCUGCUCACCUCUCACCCUCUACUCUCUCACUGAAGCCUCUAAAUUUGCUCAGUUUUGGGUACCCUUUUGCAAAAAGUAUAAUAUUCAAGUUAGAGCUCCAUUCAGAUACUUCUCUGGCAAUUCCAAAUUGCCAAGUGAUAAUCCAAUUGGGUUUCUACAAGAAUGGACAAAAAUGAAGGAUGAGUAUCAAAAGCUCUGCCAAAAAAUUGAAGUUGCUGUCCAAAAUUUGGCAACCCUUGAUUUUUCUGGAGACUAUGUGGAUUUUGCUGACAUAGACAAUAGAAACCAUCCCACCAUAAUCAAGGUAAUAUGGGAGAACAAAGAAAGACUUUCAAAUAAUGGGGUGCCACAUUUAGUUUAUGUAGCCAGGGAGAAGCGUUCAGAUCAAUCACAUCACCACAAAGCUGGCGCCAUGAAUGUUUUGACCAGGGUCUCUGGUGUGAUGACAAAUGCUCCAUUUAUGUUGAACGUCGACUGCGAUAUGUAUGCCAACAAUUCAAAGAUCGUUCUGUAUGCAGUGUGCCUAUUGCUUGGCUUCAAGCAUGAAAAAGAAGGUGCAUUUGUUCAGUACCCACAAAUGUACUACGACACUUUGAAAGAUGAUCCAUUUGGAAACCAACUGGUUCUCGCUCUAAAAACAUCUUGGCCAGGGUUCGCUGGGAUGCAAGGACCUGUCUAUGCAGGGACCGGAUGUUUUCAAAGACGUAAAGUCAUCUACGGUUUUAACUUGAUACAUAGUGAAGGAAAUCUGAGGGAUGUGGCAUUGGAUCAAGAACGGUUUGGAAAUUCCACGGAGUUAAUCGAAUCUGCAACUCAUACUUUAUCAGAGAAAAUUGAUCAUCCUCAUGACCUUUCCGGUGCUGUUGAGGCAGCCAACCAAGUUGCUGGUUCUUCGUACGAGCAAAAUACAUUGUGGGGGACAAAGGUAGGCUGGGUUUAUGGGUCAGUCACAGAAGAUAUCCUAACUGGGAUGAAGAUCCAUGCGAGGGGCUGGAAGUCUAUCUUAUGCAUGCCAGACCCACCAGGCUUUAUGGGCUCUGCACCCUCAUCUUCUCAUGUUAUGUUGACCCAAAGGAAGAGAUGGGUCGCAGGCCUCCUACAAAUUUUGUUCAGCAAAAAUAGUCCCAUCUUUGCUACCCUCUAUGCUAAGUUGGAGUUUAGGCAGUGCUUGGCGUACACGACUGUGCUAAUUUGGGGCCUAAAAUCCAUUCCUGAUCUAUGCUAUGCUAUACUGCCAGCGUACUGUAUCAUUACCAACUCACAUUUCUUGCCCAAGGUCAAAGAACCGGCUCUCAUAAUCUUUGUUGCCGUGUUUCUAAUGAAGAUUUUGUACACCCUACGUUUUUACCUGGGAUUUGGCCUAUCAAUCAAGCAAUGGUGGAACCAUGUGAGAAUGGGGCCAUCGGGGAAAAUACCCUAUGUAACUUCAUCGCUAUUUGGAGUUGUAAGCGUGGUAUUCAAGCUUUUGGGUAUAUCUGAGGUGGCAUUUGAAGUCACACAAAAGGACCAAUAUUCCUCUUCAAGUGAUGACCAAGAAGAUGAUGCCAAUGCUGGUAGGUUCACUUUUGAUGAGUCUCCAAUAUAUGUGCCGGCCACAACCCUCUUGUUUGUGCACUUCACAGCCCUAGCCAUGGGCUUGUUUGGGAUGCAACCACCGGCUCAUGGUGCGGAUGGGGCGGGGCUAGGUGAGAUGAUGUGCUGUGCUUGGGUGGUGCUAUGUUUUUGGCCAUUUCUCAAAGGGUUGUUUGGGAAGGGCAAAUAUGGAAUUCCAAUGCCUACUAUAUUCAAAUCAGCUGCCUUGGCCUUGCUUUUCAUGCACUUCUGUGGAAGGAUCCCUCUGCCACUGCGCCGCUGA